AAAUGUUGAUUCAGUGUGUUGUUAUUGCAAAUUUACUUUAUAUGAUACAAGUGCCAAUCUGAUGAUGCUCACUGUGAACUCUAUGUUUCUGUUGGAUGGAGCUUUGACCAUUACUGCUACCAUUGGCAUGAUUUUAGAGUUCUUGGGAAGCUUACCAUUGAUUAUUAGGCAUCAGGCAGGCUCCUGUUAUCAGAAUGCAUGGGGUGAGGGUGGUGGAUUUUUGUGGCCUGUGAUGGGGAGUUCUGCUGAGCCAAAGAGUAAGGGCAUUGAUGCGUGGGUUGGUUAUGUGGGUUGGUUUAUGUCUCCCGCUUUCAUGGUGGCUGGGUUGGAUUGUGGCCUUGAUGAGCUCUCUGAGGGUUGCUUGGUUUCUCUGAGAUCCAGUGCAACCGUUAAGCUUCUAGGCUGCAAGGAUGCAAGCAUGCAUUUCAUUUUGGGGAGUAUGAUUAAUGCAUUGAGAAAGCAAAGGCCUUCACAGCAAGUUCUGUUGGGAAUUUAUGAGAAAAGGAAGGGACUUGGAGGAGAAGGGAGAAGCAUCGGUGGAGUUCCCUCUUUGAUUACAUUAAAAGACUGGCUUCCAUUUGUGUGGCUCCAUGUGGCUGUUCUUGCUGCUACUUUGCAGCCUCAUUUGCAUUUCAUUUCCAUUUCAUUACAGCCUCAUUUCAUCAACAUUUGCAGCAUAGUUUGCUGCACUUUGUUGCUACCGUGCUUUGGUGCAGCUCUCCCUUCAUUUCAUUUUGCUGCCACCUGUGCAGCUUUCUUUCCAUUUGCUGCCUCUUGUGCAACUUUGACACCACAGCUCCAACACUCCUCCUUGGUGUUAAAGCUGAGGAUAACAUGACAUUAACCAAGCAUUUGGAAUCUGCCAUUUUGCAGUUCUUUAUGCUUUGGUUUGGUUUGUUUUUGUUGCUAAAGCAUCUCCUUUAGCAAAUCAGCUCCUCCUUCAAUGUUGCAGCUUCAUCUUGCUUGGAUUUGCUGCUUCAACAAAUUUUUGGAGCUUUG